AUGGACAACAACACCGCAUUCCUCGUGAAACCACUCUCAGGCGCAGCUCGAGCCAUCCUCAACAGCUCAUCACAACAAUGGAUCCCCUACGCCCUAGGCCUCCUCGUAGGCUACCCCCUACUCACCAGCUCUUUCCGCUAUCACCGACGCAACAAGCUCCAGAAGCAAUACAACUACCCCACCCGUGAAUCAAUGGCCGCCAUGACCGACGAAGAAGCCUUCCAGAUCCAGAAAUCAGUAGCGCAGCUUGAGUUCCCAUUCAUGUUCAUCAAAUCACUACAAUUCGCUCUCUUCCGCACAUACGGCAUCCCGACAAUCUCAUCCCUCCUAACAAAGACAAGCGAGUUCUCUAGCCCGGAGACAUCUCUCAAACGCUACACUGAUACGAGCGCCCUAGUCCAGGAAAUGAUUGGCAAUAGUCCCACCUCUGCACGCGCUUACACCUCCUUUGCACGAACGCGCUUCCUGCACGCUGGGUACAGAGCCUCGGGCAAGAUCCUUGACCAGGACAUGCUGUACACCCUAGCGCUAUUCGCGCUGGAGCCAAUCCGGUUCAUUGACCGGUUCGAGUGGCGGUCACUAAGUGAUCUGGAGCGUUGUGCCAUCGGCACGUUCUGGAAGAGUGCAGGCGAUGCGCUGGAUAUUAGCUAUGAGGCUCUACCUUCCGGUAAAGCCGGAUUCAAGGAUGGCAUCCAGUGGCUUGAGGAGAUUGAUGCGUGGAGCCAGGAAUAUGAGGCGAAGUGCAUGGUUCCCGACGUGAAGAAUCGGGAGACGGCAGAUCAGACGACGGCUGUGCUGCUUUAUAUGCUUCCUACGGUGCUGCAUCCGGUUGGGUUGCAGUUUGUUUCGUUUAUGAUGGAUGAUAGACUGCGGAAGGCCAUGUUAUACGAUCCCCCGUCUGCAUUCUUCAGCGGUCUCUUUUCAACCUUGCUUACGGUUCGCAAACUCUUCUUGCGGUACUUGAGUCCCCCGAGACCGUAUUUCUUGCGAUAUGCCUCGUUCACGGUGGAGCCGGAUGAGCAUAACCGCUUUUUCCUUACGCAGUGGGAGGCUGCGCCUUAUUACGUCAAGCCGACUUUCUGGAACCGCUGGGGACCUAUGGCGUGGUUGACCCGGGCGUUGGGUCGGCCUGUUCCGGGCGAUGAGGGUAACAAGUAUUAUCCCUCUGGGUAUAAUAUCCCGGAUGUUGGGCCUAAAUAUUUUGAGGGCAAGGGGAGAAAGGCGUUAGAGGAGACGAUGGAAGAGUUGAAAGGGUAUAGGACCGGGAAGUGUCCAUUCCAUUGA